AUGUCGAUCCUACUCCCAGCACAGUUCGACUUCAAUACUCUCCCUGACUCUGCUACUCGUACUGCAAUGGGCUCCAGCAUCAAGCAGAGCGAAUCCACCAUUGAUGCCAUGGCUGAAAAAAUAAAUAUGCUCGAGAUUACUCUCGCCAAGCUCAUGGCCGAAACCAAGUCCCAAAUGGACGCACUUGUUGACCAGAAGCGCACCCUCGAGAAAGACGUUGCCUCUGCCAAAGGUUACCUCGCACCAGUCCGAAAAUUACCCUCUGAUAUUCUCUCCGAUAUUUUUAUGAUGCUCCUCGACAGUGACCCCCUGGUUCCGUGGACGCUUUCGGCCGUCAAUAAGCAAUGGCGUGCAGCAGCACUAACCACGCCUCGUCUGUGGUCACGCAUAAGAAUUCAUCCACCAGCAAUGCCAUCGGGCAAUGCUCUUCGCCUUUGGGUCGAACGCUCAGGUGAUUCGUGCCCCCUCGAUAUCGAAAUUACACUCGCCCCGCCCUCCAAUUGGCAACCAUCGAACAACAUCUCCCGAGCAGACCGCGAAGCCCAGAGAGACGAAGUUCAGUGGGGUCAUGUCGUCAUGUUCCACCUUGGCUCUCAAGUUCAUCGCUGGCGCCGCUUUGUCUAUCGCGCCGAACGUCUUUUCAUGUUUCUCGGUGCACUCAACGUCAAUUUUGGGAACGGCAAUGCACCAUUACUCGAAGAGUUUGUCAUCAGCUGUGGGGAUGUUGGUCACCACCACAUUUCGCCUGAUCCCUGGUGCUAUUUCCCCACUUCCACCAAUUCCAAGGUUCCCCAGAUGCGCAAGCUUGAUUUGCGUAACGUUCCGUUCACUUGGAACUCUCCCAUGCUUCGCGGAUUGCACCAUCUUUCUCUUGCGGACCAGGCCCACCCUGUUGCGUCCUCAACUCGCCUGUCAAUGGACAGGCUCCUCACACUUCUUUCCAAUAACCCGGACCUCGAGACCUUGAGUCUCGAGCUUCGUUGUGGUUCGGCCCUCCUUCCCCCUCGAGACCUCGUGCUCCACAAGCUCAAGUCACUCACGAUCGCUGGUGGUGACUCACAGACAGUCGAGUUUCUCGACCACCUUACCCUUCCUGCCCUCGAGAGCCUUUCGGUCCGGUUAUCCGCUCCCGAGCCCAUCGACGACGUGCUCCAGUCUCUUCUUAGCCGUUCCGGAAACCCUCAAAUCAAGCGUUUUGCUUGCCACCCAUGUUAUGCGGACGAGUUCCCUAGUCGGGCAGUAGCAGCUCUUCCGACAAUUACCCACCUCGAAAUGCUCGAAAUGAUACCUCGUGAUGUUCUCAUGCAGCUUACCCCCCACCCACAUUCCGAUUCGGCCGGCCCAGCAACCACCGCGGGCGUCCCUAAUUCAUCCGGCGUGCCCUGCCCCGCUCUCGAGAGCGUCAUAAUCCGGGGGUGCCCUUCACUCCCACAAGCCAUCCCCGAACUCGUGCAAUUCAUCUUGCACCGAAAUCCACACGAGUUGAAUGCAACGGGCGUCAAAUCGACGAGCGGACUUGCUCCCUUGAAGAGCGUGGUAAUCACAAAUUGCGGGAUGCCACUCGAAGAGGACGUACGCGAGUGGAUCACCGCACGCGUUCCUCAUGUGGUCCUUGACCCCUCGCUGCCAUGA